CGCCGGCCUCUGCGUCCCAGAAUCCAAGAUGGCGGGGUCCAGACGGAAGGGUACCCGGGCUGGAGCGCGGCCGUUCAUUUGCGCCCUGCUACUGUCUUUCAGCCGAUUCGUCGGGAGCGAUGGCAUGGGAGGCGACGCUGCGGCCCCCGGCGCCGCGGGCACCCCAGCCGAGUUGCCGCACCGCCGUUUCGAGUACAAGUACAGCUUUAAGGGGCCGCAUCUGGUGCAGAGCGAUGGGACCGUGCCCUUCUGGGCCCACGCGGGGAAUGCUAUUCCAAGUUCAGAUCAAAUUCGAAUAGCACCAUCAUUAAAAAGCCAAAGAGGUUCAGUGUGGACAAAAACAAAAGCAGCCUUCGAGAACUGGGAAGUAGAAGUGACAUUUCGAGUGACUGGAAGAGGUCGAAUUGGAGCUGAUGGCCUGGCAAUUUGGUAUACAGAAAAUCAAGGCUUGGAUGGCCCUGUGUUUGGAUCAGCUGAUCUGUGGAAUGGUGUUGGAAUAUUUUUUGAUUCUUUUGACAAUGAUGGAAAGAAAAAUAAUCCUGCUAUAGUAGUUAUAGGCAACAAUGGACAAAUUAAUUAUGACCAUCAAAAUGAUGGCACCACUCAAGCUCUAGCAAGUUGUCAGAGGGAUUUUCGUAAUAAACCCUAUCCUGUUCGAGCAAAGAUUACCUAUUACCAGAAAACCCUAACAGUCAUGAUCAAUAAUGGCUUUACACCAGAUAAAAACGAUUAUGAAUUUUGUGCCAAAGUGGAAAAUAUGAUUAUCCCCACACAAGGGCAUUUUGGGAUAUCUGCUGCAACAGGAGGUCUUGCAGAUGACCACGAUGUUCUUUCUUUCCUGACUUUCCAGUUAACUGAGCCUGGAAAAGAGCCACCUACACCAGAAAAAGACAUUUCAGAAAAAGAAAAGGAAAAGUAUCAAGAAGAGUUUGAGCACUUCCAGCAAGAAUUAGACAAAAAGAAGGAGGAAUUCCAGAAAGGCCACCCUGACCUCCAGGGACAGCCAGCGGAUGACAUAUUCGAGAGUGUAGGCGAUCGAGAGUUAAGACAGAUCUUUGAAGGACAGAAUCGUAUUCAUCUGGAAAUCAAGCAACUUAACAGGCAGCUGGAUAUGAUCCUUGAUGAACAGAGGAGAUACGUCUCUUCCCUAACAGAAGAGAUUUCCAGGAGAGGAGCAGGGACCCUAGGGCAGCCUGGGCAGGUGUCUCAACAGGAACUAGAUACAGUUGUGAAAACUCAGCAUGAGAUUUUGCGACAAGUGAAUGAGAUGAAGAACUCCAUGAGUGAAACAGUCCGUCUGGUGAGUGGCAUACAGCACCCUGGCUCGGCAGGCGUCUAUGAGACAACUCAGCACUUCAUGGACAUCAAAGAGCACCUGCAUGUCGUGAAGAGAGACAUCGACAACCUUGCACAGCGCAGCAUGCCAUCUAAUGAAAAACCCAAAUGCCCAGAACUACCACCCUUUCCAUCAUGCUUAUCCACCAUCCACUUUGUGAUCUUUGUAGUGGUACAGACAGUGUUGUUUAUUGGCUAUAUCAUGUACAGGACUCAGCAAGAAGCAGCUGCCAAAAAAUUCUUUUGACCUUCAUUUUCCUGUAUGUACAUCAUGUAUGUAUGUAUGUGCAAAUGUUGUCUUUGAGGGGAUUUAGUAUUUAAAUCACUUCAUAGUCUAAGUUAUUAAGUUUUGUAAAAAAAAAAUAACUCUUAAAAACAUUCAUUUUUCAGUAAAUAAAUCUUAAAGACAACCACAUUUUGUUCAUAGUACUACAUGUCUUUAAAUUUCAGUGAGUUUCUGGUAAGGCAGAGUGUAGCCACUGAGCAGAAUAAUGGCAAGUCAAGACAUAAAAUAGGGACAGCCACUGACUGUGGGCACUACCCUCUCCAUCUCUGGUACGGGAGGUUUAUUUAUAUAAACACACUUGCCUUUCUUCCCAGAAUGUGAGGCCUAAACAAGAGCACCCAAUUCAUGUGAGUCUUGUAACAAAAUCAAUUUUAGAAGUGAGAAUCCCCUAAUGCGAGGGUGGGUUCUGGAGUCCUUGGUCCCAACACAGCUCCCUCUGUGAUCAGUCAUUUGUCUGAGAACUUUGAAUUAGAUACCAGGCAACAGAGCAUUUAAUGAAAUGUUUUCCCCUCUGUUUUAAAUAUUUCACUUUUAAAGGAAAAUUCUGGUGGAAAACUAAUACCUACUUUUUGUCUACAUUUAGGUGAGAAUCCUAUGACAGUCAUUUUUAAUGGGUAUUUUGCCCGGUGGUGUGUUCAUUCAUGAUAGCCAAUGUUUUAAAUAUCUUUGUUCCAAUAAUGUCAAUUUGAUAUUACAGAAAUAAUUUUUGUGCUUUUAAUUUGUGGAGUUUAUUUCUCCCAUUUUGUUGAACAUGUAGUUAGCUUUAAUUACAUGUUCUGCCGCUAUUUUAAAUUCACAGGACUUACUAAAACAUUCUGGUUUACAUUACACUGGUUUGUGACUUGCAAACUUAAAUUGGGGGGUGGUGCUUACAGCAGAAGCAGUUCUGAGCUAUUUGUGUUAAAGGAAAAACAAUUGUUUCUCCUUUAAAUGCUAGAAAAUAGGGACGCAAAGCGCCCGUUAUGAAUUAACCAGGAAACCUUAGGUUGGCAGGAGUUGAUAUCAGCACAAUUAGUUGUAGGUAUUUGAGAAACCACCUGUGACAUUUUAAAGUGCAGAUUUUACUUUUCUUUUCACAGCUGGGCUAGACUUUCGCUGGCUUCAAGACAGUUUACCUCUUUUUAAAGUAAUGGUCUCCUUUGGUAUGGGAUCCAGAACACCACUGUUUAAUAAGAUAUGCAACUAAAUUGUUCGAAGCCUUCGUAAGUUUUCUGUCGAAUGUCAUUUGCAGAUUGGGCUCUGAAGUCUCUAUGAAAACUUUACGAAGAGCACUCUGUGCUGUGGUGCUAGCACCACACCUGCAGUCUCCCCUUGCAUUUUACACUGGCAUUCAUCCCGGAUCUCAAAAGCAGUGCACUCACAGUGGCUGCGCAAAAGCGUAAAGCGCUUCUCACUUCUCUCUAGAGUUAACGCAAGUGUCAUCUCUCAGAAUUUACUUAUAUUAACAAAAAACCUUCAGGGAAAUGUCCAAUUGUAGACAUUGGGAAAUCUUGAGAUAUUACAAAGUCCACAGUCAUGUGCCUGAACGUUAAAGGACUCCCAGAUCUGGGCAGUGUGCAUUUUUCAAGUCCAAGGGGAAGUGCACUGGUGAUUCCUAAUGUGAUUGCAGCUAGCCAUUGCAGCUAGCAGGUAGUUAACACAGUGUAUCUCCGUUUUCCUCAAGAUCAUUCAGUCUAAAGCCUCUGAGCAAAACCCUGUGCUGUGGGAACUUACCACUGCCAGAGUCCCUCCAUUCUGUAGUGUUCUGUGUGACUGCAGUAAUUCACUUCUCACACCAGCAAGAACUUUACAGGUGCCUUGGAUUAAAUCAAAAUUUAUUUUAACACUUUAAUGUAAUUUUAUGAUGCCACUUUUAAAAGAAAUUGCAAUUAUGUAAUUGCUGAUAGGCUUGUGUUUGCGUUAUAAUUAUUUGAAUGCUUUACUUAACAUAAAAUUUCACCAUGAAGUCACAAGUGAUAACCAGUGUUUUUGUCACAUCUUGAAGGCACGUUAGUGUUUUUCAAAGUCUGACCCAUGGACCAGCCAGCCAGUUCAUGGAAUGCUUAUUAGAAUUCCUUGAUUCCAAGGCCCCAUUCCAAUCCAGCUGCAUCACCACUCGGGCGGGGCAUCAAGUGUUCAUCCCACAGACACAGCACACUGACAGUUGAAAACCACUGGAUGAGGAGUAGGAAGAGGUGUGUGAUGGGCGUUUGUUUCAUUGGCUCUAAGCUGAGCUAUGCAUAUUUUUGCUGUCGUUGGGAUCAGCAGUGCUGCUGGUCCUUCUGUGCUUGUUAGUGUGUGUUUUGUUCAUCAGCAACUACAAACUAACUUCGGGUUGGCCGACCUCUUGGCAUGUCAAUGAUGACUUUGAAACUUAUAGAAUCAUCUUUGGCUCAUGGCAAAGCAUAAGCCUGCUGGCUGAAGCUGUGGCCUUCCUGGUUGUCACCACUUUUUAUCUCAGACAGCUGCAUAUGUUGAUAACUUGAGGAAACCAGAAAAGACUUGAAUAAGGGAUUGCUCACCUGCUGCUCUGUGGAGAAUCAGUCUUUGGAAAGAAAAGCAGAUUGGUUGCCUGGAUGCUGGUUGGAGAAAGGUGAUGAACAAAUUAGUCAUUGGGAAUUUUGUGUUUGUAAAAUUUAGGGUGAGGUCAGCUCUUGCAACUCUUUAGAUCUGUAUGUUGCCCUUUUUAAGAUAUUUCUGUUAUGAUGUUAAAGUUUAAAAGGGUUUUCUAACCACUGUCAGUUUCAAUUACAACAUUUUGUCAAGGGUUUUUUUGUUUUUUGUUUUUCUCUUCUGAUUGUUACUUGAUGCUAGCUGGAAUUCAGGAAAUGUCAAAUGACCUUAUUCAAAUAAAAGAAUUAUUUUAGUAAA